GGAAAGUGAGCGUGGUUUGUAACAGCGCGUGGGAAUCACUGGCACUGCACGCCUCGAAGUACACAGUCGGUGCCGCGGGGAAAGGCCGCGCUCAUCUCAAGUGUGGAUGAAGGGAAAAAAGGGGGGGGGGGGGGGGCACGGGGAAGAGUAGCUUCGUGUUAUUAAAUGAUUAACGCUGACUUCACCCACGACUCGCGCCGGUCGUCAAAGGAACAGCCGCAGGGCCCACGCGCUGCGUUUCUGGGCGAGAGGGAGCGGGAGAGAGCGCCAUCAGUGGCCUGACUACUGGUCUGGUGGAGGAAGAGGAAGAAAAAGAAGCGUCUAUCUGUCUCGACUCCAUCCAGGAGGUGAGGGGGGGGGGGGGGGCAUUUUGGGGCGGCGAGACGCACCGUUUGGAGGAGGACAGAGCCACCCACAGCAGUACCAACACGGGGGAAUGAAGCAGGGUCCCGCAGCCAUGAAGGCGCUGCCAUGCUGCGCGAGGCGGGGGAUGUCCGCGCCCGCGGCGUCACGUCUGACGUGAGCUCGCCGGUCACGAUGCCCGUUCGCCCCGGGGAAGAAUGGUCCGCUCCACUCCUGUUCCGCUCCCGGAGGCGGGGGACGCCAACGCCAGCCUCUGCUGCCUCGUUACGGGGCUGCUGAACCUCUCGGCGGGGCCGCCGACGGCGAGCGCGCCCAUGGUCCCCCGGUCGUCCCCGGGGCCGGCGGCGCCGACGGCGGGUCCGCCGGGCGUCGGCCUCCCCCUGCAGGUCUUCUUUUGCUUCGUCAUGGUCGCCGUCCUGCUUUUGGCUCUGCUGGGCAACAUGGUGGUUUGCCUGAUGGUGUACCAGAGGUCCGCCAUGCGCUCGGCCAUCAACAUCCUGCUGGCGAGCCUGGCGUUCGCGGACAUGAUGCUGGCCAUCCUGAACAUGCCCUUCGCCCUGGUCACCGUGGUGACCACCCAGUGGAUUUUCGGGGACACUUUCUGCCGCGUCUCAGCCAUGCUCUUCUGGUUCUUUGUGAUGGAGGGCGUGGCUGUGCUGCUUAUAAUAAGCAUAGACCGCUUUCUUAUUAUUGUCCAGAAGCAGGAUAAGCUGAGCCCACAGAGAGCUAAAGUGCUCAUAGUGGUCACAUGGGGACUCUCGUUCAUUUUCUCUUUCCCCCUGGCGGUUGGUUUCCCUCCCUUACAGAUCCCCCCCAGGGCCCCUCAGUGUGUAUUUGGAUACAGCGUGGAGCCUGGUUACCACACCUACGUGUUGAUCAUUUUGCUAGCCUUCUUCUUCCUGCCCUUCAUGGUCAUGCUGUACACAUUCAUGGGGAUCCUGAACACCAUCCGCCACAACGCCAUCCGCAUCCACAGCCACCCGGACAGCAUCUGUCUGAGCCAGGCGAGCAAGCUGGGCCUGCUGAGCCUCCACAGGCCCUUCCAGAUGAACGUGGACAUGAGCUUCAAGACGCGUGCCUUCACCACCAUCCUCAUCCUCUUCUCCGUGUUUACAGUGUGCUGGGCCCCCUUCACUGCUUAUAGUCUGGUAGCUACCUUCAGUGACGGCUUCUACCGCAAAGACAGCUUUUUUCAAAUCAGCACAUGGGUCCUGUGGCUGUGCUACCUCAAGUCGGCCCUCAACCCCCUCAUCUACUACUGGCGGAUCAAGAAGUUCCGCGACGCCUGCCUGGAUCUGAUGCCCAAGUACUUCAAGUUUCUCCCGCAGCUGCCGGGCAACACGAAGAGGCGCAUACAGCCGAGCGCGGUGUACGUGUGCGGAGAGCAUCGCUCGGUGGUCUGAAAGGAGGGAUCCCGCCCUCAAACCCCCCAAACACUGUUAGAAACCUGCUUUUUCCUGAUGUACCUUUGUCGUUCUAGACCGAUUUAGUUGUUUGGUGGUGCGCUUCUGCCGGCAUGUGUUCAGAAUGAGAUCAGCACCGAAAUAAAAAUAAGGCCAAGUGUUGGUUGGGGCCCUGUUGCUACGGGUACCAGUGAGAAUACAAACUGCAAAUCCAGGAAGUUAACUUUGUGUCAGAUAUUGGUGAAAACCACGAUCUCUGAAAGCACGUACUAGUGCCCAAUAUACCCAUUACAUUCUUAAUACCUGACUUGGAGACUUUAGACGGAAUUUUCUACAAAAGCCUUUUUUUAAGACAAAGCAAGCCAAAUGUGUUGAAUGUUAUACACAAACAGCCAAAAAAGAGAUUUUCCUAAAUAGGAUACGGCAUUAAUCAGAUAAUGUCGGUGAUCAAAUAUUAACUUCAUAAUAAAGGACAUUACAAGAGUUGAGUAAUGUGUGUCCAACGACAAUCCGUGUGUGUGUGGUGUGUGUGUGUGUGUGUGAAUGUGCUCUCCGAUUGGUCACAUGUCCACUGGGUUUACUGUGUGGAAGGAUUCAUUUUUUUUUUAGCACUGGAAACCUACAAUUCCCAUACAUUCUGGUCCGGUUCGAUUGCCAUUUGAUUUGAAUUUUUCGUUUUUAUUUGGCGGUGCAGACACGGUAACACGCUUAAUCUUUUGUAACUUAAAAAAAACUAUUUUUCGAUUUGGGUGCUGAUGCCAAAUUUCAGUUCAUCUUGUGCCACUAGAAGUUGACAGCUACAGAUCUUUGUUCACCUACUCAACAGAAAGUACAAACCCCUCCUCUAAGGAUGAGGGGAAGUCAUCCUGGAAGAUAAAAGAAACCUUGAAGUGAAGUAGU